AUGACCUGGCUCUGUUUUCCCAGGCCCAAAGCCCUUGCAGAUCCAAUCCCUGCCAGGGACCUAGAUGCUGGGGAGGGAUUGGGUAGGUCAGUGCACCCAUGAAUAUCCCACUGGGAUUGUGUCCUAGGACUAGGGGCACUUGGGCUGACAACUGGAGCAAUGCCUGGACUAGCCCUGCUGCUACUGCUUUUACUGAUCAGCUUCCUCGCCUUUGACCUGCUCCACAGGCCUGCAGGUCCCACCCUGCUGCAACACAGACUUCUGACAAGGGGCCAGAGUCAGGGGGCCGGUGAGGAUCCAGGACAGCAGGCAGCUCCCCUCUUCCCAACAGGGGUCAUACCAGGACAGCCCAGCCUUCAGGAUGCACUGCUCCUGCUACUCCUGGGACUGUGACUGCUCUUGGGAGCCCAGGGCAUAAUCCUGGCCCUGCUGGGCCUGGCUUUCUGCCUUCAUCCUUGGGCCUGAGAGUCUUCCCAAAACAUCGAGUGCUGCCCCCUCUCCAAUACACUGGCCACUCUACUUCCCCAGGCCUCUUUUCCU